CCCUCGCGGUCGGUGAUGACGUGUAUGCGCUCACGCGUCCCGGAAGUGAAGGUGUAGCUGGAAAGAGUUUGGAAACAAACUGACAGUCCUUUGACGGACAGAUUCAUCGUUGGUGUGAUGAGGAGGAUGAGGAUGAUGACGAUGAAGAGUCUGGCGAGCGUGAUGAUCUUCAUCCUGACAGUGUCGGAGAGCGGCGCGCGGAUCCACCAGCUCAAACUCAAGAAUGAAACGCGGUUUCUUGUCCAUUUGAACUCGUUCGGUUAUUUUGCCAACGGCACUCUGGACGUCAGUCUUGUGUCUCUGAAUCUGCCCCAGGAGAAGAGUGACUCUGGAAAAGUGGGCUUUAGUCUGGCCCGGACUCGAGUGAACGGCAUCCUGUCCUACACUGCCCAGGAGGUGGAUGAGUGCAAGCUGCUGAAUGAAAAGAGUGAAAAUGAGCUCAUCCUCUUCAUCAUCGACACCGAGGAGCUCAGCGUCCAAGUGAAGCACUUUGGCCAUUCUGACAUCACGCUGGUGUCCAAACUGAAGCCGAAGACUACGGAUGGAGGGAAAGCGAGGACGAAAAGAGAAAAUGCAGAGGGAGAGAAGCAAAAAGAGCCGAGUGUUGAAGAGACAGAACGGAAAGAAAAUUCACAAGAGAAGGCUAAAGUGACAACUGCUGUCAGCAGCACCAUUUCCCAGAAGGUGGAGAGUUUGGACGGGAUGUCGCUGGAGCUGCAACAACACGACAACUCCUUCAACUUCAGCUUCCGUCUCACGAUGAGCGCAAGCUCGCAGGGACUCUACAAUCUGGACUUCCACAACUGCCUCCCCGCGGGAUCCAGGACGUUGCGCCCGUAUUCUCUCCAUGUGGAGAUCACAGAGAAGAAUCCCAGCGGUUAUCUGUCGGCGGCUGAGAUUCCUCUGCCACGCCUCUACAUCUCAAUGGCUACCAUCUUCUUCGCCGCUGCCGUAGUGUGGACAUACACACUGCUCAAAUACAGGUACAGUGUGUUUAAGAUCCACUGGCUGAUGGCGGCGCUGGCAUACACUAAAGCUGUGUCUCUGCUGUUUCACAGCAUCAACUAUCACUUCAUUAACUCUGAAGGUCAUCCUAUUGAAGGCUGGGCCGUCAUGUACUACAUCACACACCUGCUGAAGGGGGCUCUGCUGUUCAUCACGCUGGCUCUCAUCGGCACCGGCUUUGCCUUCGUUAAAUACAUCCUGUCGGACAAAGAGAAGAAGAUCUUCAUGAUCGUUAUUCCUCUGCAGGUUCUGGCUAACGUGUCCUAUAUCAUCAUCGAGGAGACGGAGGAGGGCACGAGUGAAUACGCUCUCUGGAGGGAGAUCCUGUUCCUGGUGGAUCUCCUCUGCUGCGGAGCCGUCCUGUUCCCUGUCGUCUGGUCCAUCCGACACCUGCAGGAGGCUUCAAACACGGAUGGCAAAGCUGCCAUGAACCUGGAGAAGUUAAAGCUCUUCAGACAUUAUUAUGUGAUGAUCGUGUGUUAUAUCUACUUCACGCGGAUCAUCGCGAUACUGCUGAAGUUCACUGUGCCGUUCCAGUGGCAGUGGUGUCAGGAGUUUUUAGUGGAGGUUUCUACUCUGAUCUUCUUCGUCUUGACUGGAUUCAAGUUCCGUCCGGCAUCAAAUAACCCGUAUCUACAGCUGCCUCAGGACGAGGAGGACCUGGAGAUGGAUGAAGUUAUAACGGAAUCCGGAGCGCUGGAGGGCAUCCACAAGGUGAAGAAAACGUCUAACGGCCGAGAGAGACAGAGGGAGGUUGCAUUGUGAGUAUCAUAUCAAAGAGGGCGGAGCCUGGACUCUCAAACCCCUCCCCUUCCUGAGGUUGCUGUCAUGGUGCCCACAGACUCACUAUGCAAGUGAAAAAAGACGGAAUGGAAAAAAACGUGUGAGAAUAAAGCGCAGCAGACACCAUUUCCGUGAGAGAAUGAGCUGAUUUUUCCAUACAGACUCUGGGAUAACGGUAACACGGACUGAAUCUCUUGCUUUGGUUUACAGUAAUGAUGUGGUCACUCUGCUCUAUCCGUUAAUUUGUUCGCUCAUUUAUUCCUUCAUUCCAAAGAUGUACAAUCAUUAUAGUGGAUGUGUGCAAAUAAUUUGAUUUGUUUGAUUUUAGCCUUCUUUUAUUUCCUAAUAUCUUUAUUUAACCGAAGCAGUUUGAUGCUAUUGUUUGUAUAUCAUGGUUUUUCUGUUCAUUUUUGAUUCGACGGCUGGAAGCGAUUCCACAAAACUAGCGUAAAUAAGGCGCGCUGGAAUAGAUGCUUCUUCAGAAGAUUUUCUGGUGUUAUAUAUUUCUUUAAAGGACGCCGGGUCCAUGACUGUUAAUGUGUAUAUUCUGUCCUGGAUGAAGCUGAAUGUUCCCGAGAGGUUCCUAAAACAACGUUCAGUUGUGCGACAUAACAAAUAACGAUUUUUGUCAUUUUCUUCUUUGGAAAAGGUUGUGCUUUAUUUAGUUAUAUUUUACUCAUGGCUUCAUCUACCCUGUGAUUGACCCUCCUUUA